AAGGGAAAGUUUGAACGCAUCGAUAGAAAUAAAAAUAGCGUUUAUCUACUACGGUUUUCUCGUUCAUCGAACUUCUACGAAAGUAGAACAGAUAUCUUAAUGAAACUUAAGAGGCCCUUAAAUAGAUACUUCCUGAACAUGUUUCUAAAGUGCCGUUCAAUUCCGGGCAGUAGAAACGAAGUUAUAGCAAUUUUAUCAUAAUUUCCUUUUCUGAUUUUAUUUUGUAACUUUAAAACGCGUAGUUUAUGUGUUUAUUCCGCUAGAUGGUACCAUAUUCAAAUGCCAUCGCAAGACGAUUUAAAAAAAAAUGCAAAUAUCUCGGCUUCUAGACACCGAUUUUGACAAAACUAUUCCUAAAGGAUUUAUCCAAAUGUCUCUGAAAUUUCAAAGAAAGAUAUCUUAACGGGUAUGAUUAAUAUAAUUAAAAUCAAGUCGUACAAAGUAUGGAAUGAAACUUGUCGAAGUAAAAUUGCUAUAACCUGCUUUCUACAUGCUGGUGUAUUGAAAGUUAGUUUGUAUUACACAGUGUCAAAUACACAAGAUACAAGUUUUAAAUAAAUAUAAUUGUUAUAAAUUUGAUCAGAUUAAAGACGAGAAGCUAUGGAUUAUCAUGAAAUAUUAACUCACUUGACAACGGUUGACAAAACUGACAGUGAAAUGAAAGAUUUCAAUGCCAGAUUGCAACAAAUUUUAGAGAAAGUACUGCCUAUGUUGAUGAAAACUGAUGAACAGUUCGUAAUAAAUGACAGCGAAGACGGAGAUCUGCCUCUCGAUACUAGAUACCGAUACAUACGUACGGUUGUACGUGUUUUACAAACUCUAGAAAUGCCCGAUUCAUCAGGCGAGGAAUCCUUGAUCAGCGUUAAAGAAUUUCAUAGUUUAAAAGUCUGUAUAGAAUUAAUAACAGCCAUGGGAGUAUUACCUAAUCUUUUACAUGGUGUCGGGAUAGACAUAGCUAAACUGUGCCCCAAAGCCAUUCUGAUACAGGAGGAAAAACUCACCGACUUACAAAAAUACAGGAGGCUACGGUUUACCGUCGAUUCCCUUAUGGAGUUAUACACUCAUUUUACGUUACGCCCUGCGAUACUCGCUCAGUUAGGCUCAUUGUUCGCUGCGUUGUUACAAUUGUGUCAUGCUCCAUUGAUGAAGCCAUCUGCGAAGAGUGCGUCGGCUGGACAAACGGAUAUAAGCAAAGAUGGAACAUUUACGAUGACCACGGAAUUAUACGAAAAAUUGAAAAGAGAUCAGGAACACUUCAAGCGUUUGCUUCGCGAACUAUUAGACAACUGCCCUACGUCGACGAGUAUGAAAGAAUUGAUGGUGAUCCUCGGUGUCAAGGAAGCACCGAAGUGGCUUCAACGUGAAACUCGUAAAUAUCUGGUGGAACAGAUUAUACAGCCGAACGGAAUUGUUUCGAUCGUAACUGCGGUAUGCGACGAUUUUUUGGAUCUUGGAGAACACUGGAAUAAGUUGGACACUGUUUGCCGAUUAAUUGUUACUUCGCACGGAAAUAAUUCCGAAGAUUAUUACAAAUCUAUAUGCCCGCAAUUAUUAAAUCUUUUAGAAUCAACACGGAUCAAGCAUUCUACGACGAUAGCAAAUUGUUGCGUCACCAGUCUUUACGAACACAAUCCCGAAGUUUUUCAGAAACACGUUUUGCAAGUUAUUUGCCACCCGCUGUUGGCCACCUCGACAGGAACCGAGGACGAAGUAGAGAGAUGUAUCGAGAAUUUAACGAAAUGCUUCGUAACGGUGGAGGCGAAAUUCAAGCAGUUGCCUUGUAAACUUUUAUUGUCCGUGUCUCUUCCUCUGUUCUCCCUAUGGAACGGUGUCAGGACUAGCGUUUGCGUGUUAAAACAUAAAAUCAAACAACUCCUCUUACGACUUUUACACGAAGAAUCAUUUAGGAACGAUCUUUACGCUGCAUAUCUCGGACAUAAUUCCUUCGACAGCUUCGGUAAUCGUUUGGAAACGAGACUGGGACCAACCGGUAGAAUCGAACUCGUAGGGACAGAUACGAAUUUAAAACGCGAUGAAUUUGCGGACAGUUUGUUCGAACUAACAUCCACGUCUGAUACGUUAUCGAACGGAUUAUUUUUCUACUUGUUAACAUUUUUGUCCCUCGCCAUAACAACGAAUGGCAGAAACGAGUCUAGAACUUUACUAGAAACUCCGGAGGAUCAAAUAGGAAAGAUCGAGGAACGAUUGACAGCCGUGAAACUACUGUCUAGUCUGGCAAACGUAUCUAGCGUGCAAGAAGCGCAGAUCAAGAAUCCACAACCGAUAUGCUCGUUUAUAAGAACAUUGUUUACCCAGUACAUUGAAACACGUAAAGGACAGAACUCGUCCGAUGACGAUAGUGAACUUCUCUACGUCAGUUUAAUGUUAGUAAAAAUGAUUAUAAGCGAGAGGAAGGAACCCUUAGAAUGGGCAGCGUUCACUGAUUUCGUCAAAUUCUUGAAGGAAUGCUGUACUCUUACGGACAUUCCCUCGCAUCUGUCGUCGUUAACUCGCGAAUGCAUAGAACUGAUUGAAAGCCAUGGCAAAUCGGAGCAGAGGAAUUAUCAGGAUUUGUCGGUGAGCCGCAAACGCGAGUCGGACAAGUUCGAAGAAGCGCUGAGAGAUCUCGCGGAUCCGUUGCUACCUGUACGCGCGCACGGGCUUAUAACUCUCACCAAACUGAUCGAAACCAUGGAUCCAUGUAUCGUUGCUAGAAAAGCGGUCGUCUUACAAUUAUUCCAAAGUAAUUUGAAACACGAAGAUUCUUUUAUAUAUCUGGCAGCGAUCAAUGGAUUAUGCGCUUUGGCCAGUUCAUAUCCACAAAUGAUCAUCGAACUAUUGGUACACGAGUAUAUUGAUAUAUCGGAACGCGUUUCAGCCGGAGAAAUAGCGACGGAAACUCGAAUCAAAUUAGGAGAGAUACUUGUGAAAGUGACUAGAUCUUUGGGUGAAAUGGCAUCGGCUUAUAAAAAUAUUCUGAUAAACGGAUUCCUAUGCGCUGCACGGGACCCAGACCCGUUGGUACGCGCUUCUAGCCUUUCCUGUUUAGGCGAACUGUGCAAAGUUCUAGGCUUUCGAUUGGGAGACGCGAUCAUUGAGGUGAUCUACUGCAUCGGUUGCAUCGUGAAAACGGACAAGGCUCCCGAGUGUCGACGAGCCGCGGUGAUGGUGAGCACUCUGUUACUUCGCGGCUUAGGGAAGGACACGUUAACGAGUCUGGGCAAGGACUUGGUCGAUCUGUAUCGCGGCCUGAAACAUUUGCGGGACAACGAUGAAGAUCCGGUCCUACGCCUGCAUGCUCAACUAGCGCUCGAGGAAUUGGAUUACGUGAUGCGUGACUUUCUCUUUUCACCUCCGAAGCUGGAAAAAAAGAUAUUUCUAUUAAAAUAGAUUUACUAAGAAUAUUAUUUACCCAACAAUUUUCUAUACGAUACAUGUAUUCUUUUUAUUGACGAAUAAAAUGUUCCUUCCAAUUGUGAA